UGCGCAAUAUCAUUCGAAAAUUUGCACGGUGAGCGACGCCGUGGAGGAGAAAGACAACGCAGCGAACAAAACAUACAAUGGCGACGGCGGCGACAACGGCAGGCGGAACGGGCUCAGGCGGACCGGCCACCGGCCCGGUCGGCGGUGGUACCGCAGUGGGACGAAAGAAAGACGGUGGUCCGUCUACGAAAUUCUGGGAAAGUUCAGAGACGAUAUCCCAGUUGGAGACGGUGCGGCUGUGGAUCGGAAAGCACUACAAGAAGUAUGUCCAGAAUGACUCCCCCUCCAGUAAAUCUUUGGCGGGCCUGGUGGUUCAGCUGCUGCAAUUCCAGGAGGAUGCGUUUGGGCGCAGGGUCAACAAUCCUGCUCUCACCAAGCUGCCUGCCAAGUGUUUCUUGGAUUUCAAGGCAGGAGGGGCUCUCUGUCACAUCUUAGGGUCUGUGUACAAGUUUAAGAGCGAGCAGGGCUGGCGUAGAUUUGACCUGCAGAAUCCCUCGCGGAUGGACAGAAAUGUGGAGAUGUUCCUAAAUGUCGAGAAGAACUUGGUUCAGAAUAACUGCUUAACUCGACCCACUGUGUUCCUGUCACCGGACAUCGAGCAGAAACAGGCCAGUAAACUCAAAGACAUCAUCAAAAGGCACCAGGGCUCUAUCACUGAAGAUAAGUCAAAGGCCACCCACCACAUUUACCCCUCUCCAUCACAGCAAGAAGAAGAGGAGUGGUUGCGUCCUGUCAUGAGGAAAGACAAACAGGUGCUUGUGCACUGGGGUCUCUACCCGGACAGCUAUGACACCUGGGUGUCAGCCAGUGAGGUGGACGGUGACCUGGAAGACCCACCGAGCACUGACAGACCCUGGAAGGUCCAUGCCAAGUGGGUUUUAGACACGGAUGCUUUUAAUGAGUGGAUGAAUGAGGAAGACUACGAGGUAGACGAGAACAAGAAACCAGUAAGCUUCCGCCAGAGGAUCUUCCCCAAGGAGGAAGAGUCUUCCCGUACACCCGAUCGAAAGGAGCGCAAAGCCAAUUCUGCCGGCAAGAAGAGGAGGCGCUCCCCCUCGCCACCCAGCACUCCUGCUGAGUCCCGGAAGAAGGGCGGCAAGAAGGGGAACCCAGGGCCUCACUGGAAGCGACGAGGCCACAGAGGCGAAGAGGAAGACACAGAGGAAGACAUUACCAAGGACUUGGACGAUUCCUCAGCUGGUGCCAGCAUGGAGGAGGGCAUCAUGUCCAAGAAUGCAAAUUCAAAGAAAGACAGCGAGAAUACUCCGGUCAAAGGAGGGAAUGACUUGGAUGACAUGGAAGAUGAUUCUGUGCUCUCUGGUGGAAAGGAUGAUGAGGAACAAGGCAAAGGUGAAAUUAACAGACUGAUGGAUGCCAGUGAGGACAAUGUGACUGAACAGACGCACCACAUCAUCAUCCCCAGCUACGCCGCUUGGUUUGACUACAACUGCAUCCAUGAGAUUGAAAGAAGAGCCCUGCCUGAGUUCUUCAACGGAAAGAACAAGUCUAAAACUCCAGAAAUAUACCUGGCCUACCGUAACUUCAUGAUCGACACAUAUAGGUUAAACCCACAGGAGUACCUCACCUCCACCUCUUGCCGCAGGAACCUUACUGGGGAUGUCUGUGCCAUAAUGAGGGUUCAUGCAUUCCUUGAGCAGUGGGGUUUGGUGAACUACCAGGUUGAUGCUGAGAGUCGCCCGUUGCCCAUGGGUCCCCCACCCACACCACACUUCACUGUACUGGCUGACACGCCCUCUGGUCUGAUACCCCUCAACCAUCGACCCCCACCGAUUCCUCCUCCACAGCCAAUGCCCAACUUCGCAGACAAAGGCAAAGACAAGCCCCUCGACCUGCAGAACUUCGGCCUUCGCCCUGACCUCUACAAGAAAAGCAUCAAGGGUAAAGCGGUCAACACCACCAGGGAGUGGACUGAGCAGGAGACUCUGCUGCUGCUGGAGGCCCUAGAGAUGUACAAAGACGACUGGAACAAAGUGUCAGAGCAUGUAGGUUCACGUACCCAAGAUGAGUGUAUUCUGCACUUCCUGCGGCUCCCCAUUGAAGAUCCGUACCUGGAGAGCACUGAGACGACCCUGGGCCCUCUGGCCUACCAGCCCAUACCCUUCAGCCAGUCUGGAAACCCUGUCAUGAGCACAGUCGCCUUCUUGGCUUCUGUAGUCGACCCCAGAGUGGCAUCUGCUGCUGCCAAGGCAGCACUAGAGGAAUUUUCUCGUGUGCGGGAGGAGGUGCCAGCUGAGUUGGUGGAGGCUCAUGUGAAGAAGGUGCAGGAAGCUGCCAGGAACACUGGCAAAGUGGACCCUGCCUUUGGCCUGGAGAGCAGCGGCAUCGCUGGAACUGCCCCUGAGGAACCAGAAAAGACCGAAACUACAGAACCAGAAAAGAUGGACACAGACUCAGACUCCCAGCAGGCUGAUAAGGCUGAGUCAAAGGACGAGGCAGAAAAGCCCAGCGAGUCUGCAGAGAAGAGUGACAAGACAGAGGCAACAGAAAAAGUGAAGAAGGAGGGAGCGGAGACAUCAGAACGUGAGGAGGAGAAUGAAGAGGGAGGGGAGGCCAAAACAGCUCCAGCAGACAAGGACAAGGACGAGGCUAUGGAGACGUCAAGUUCAGAGCAGGAGAAGGAUAAGGAGGAGAAGGCAGCUACAGAGGAAGGAGAGGACAAGAGGAAGAAGCUGGAGCAUGACAUCGGCGAGGGAAAUAUUGCUACUGCAGCUGCUGCUGCCCUGGCGUCUGCUGCCACCAAGGCCAAGCACUUAGCUGCAGUGGAGGAGAGAAAGAUCAAGUCCCUGGUCGCUCUGCUGGUGGAGACACAGAUGAAGAAGCUGGAGAUCAAGCUGAGACACUUCGAAGAGCUGGAGACCAUCAUGGAUCGAGAGAAAGAGGCGUUGGAGCUUCAGAGGCAGCAGCUGCUCACAGAGCGUCAGGCGUUCCACAUGGAGCAGCUCAGAUACGCAGAGAUGAAGGCGAGGCAGCAGAUGGAGCAGCAAGCCGCUGCUGCAGCCGCUGCCGCUGCCGCUGCCGCUGCCCAGGCCCAAGGACAGGGUCAGGCACCUGGAUCUGGAACCCAAUCGGGGCCCCCUCCUCCAGGCAUGCACCCUGGGGGACCCCCACCACACCAUGGAGGACCUCCCCACCACGGAGCACCCCCAACACACCACGGAGGACCCCCUCCCGGCGCUGCAAUGCACCCUGGUUAUCCCCCAAUGGGUCACCACCCCAUGGCCCCUCACCACCCAGGGCAGACUGGGCCGAUGGGACCAGGCCAGCCAAUGCCGGGACGUAUGAUAUCCGGUCCGCCCUCUGCUGGCCCCCCUCCUGGUGGCAUGCCUCCUAUGAUGCCCCCACGCCACCCAGGAGCUCCCAAUGGCAUGUACCCUGGCCCACCACCUGCACAGCCUGAAGCGAUGCCUGUGGCUCCCGUGGGUCCUCCAGCGCCUCAGAGUGGACGAGUGGCUGACAACUAAGACCCACACACACACAAAAGCACACAAAAGCACACACACAUAAAACUAACUCUGUCUCCGAACAUCAGCCCCGUUUUGAUGGCCUUUGCUACUGGCUCAAUACUCUCCCACCCCCAGCGCUCAAAACUACCAUAAAUGUCACCACAGGACACACACAAACACACACUCAGGGUUCAGUGGCAAAGGUAACCCAACUUUUCUCACACACACACACACACACACACACACACACACACACACACACACACACACACACACACACACACACACACACACACACACACACACACACACACACACACACACACACGUGCAGACUUCCUCUCAGGGCACAGCGGCCAGGGUCAUCUAGUAAUAAACACUGUUUUCUGCUCCAUUUGGCCAGAUGGAGGUUGGAGAAAAUGACCCUGUGUACAGAAAACGGAACAAGGAGGCAGAAACAGAUUUUUAAAAAAAAACUGUCUCACCUUUUAUUCCCCUCUUUCUAGUGCUGUUUUAAAUGACACUGUAACCCUCCCAGUCUCACAAAAAAACACACACCUCUACUUGUCUGGUUCCUCUUUCUCCAGGACAAACACUAGAGGGAGCUAGUGAGACCUGAGGGGCUGGUCAGACAUGCAGGGGUGUGUGUGCUCAGCUGUAACACACAAACGAGGCAAGCUAAUUGUUCAGACAGUAACAUGAGUAAAAUACACACAGAGGACCCAGCCUGCUCUCGCUCUUGUCGAGUAUCUACCUCUCGCUCCUCUUUAGAUGAUACACUGUAGUUCUGUGUGUGUGUGUGUGUGUGUGUCUGUGAAUGUGUGUGUUAGGCAGAGGGGUGUUUGAUGGCGGUUUGUGCCUUUUUAUACGCACUAAAUGAUUUUCUAUUUCGCCUUCUGCACUAGUUGAGCUACAGCAAGUACAAAUUGAAGAAACAAGACAAAAAGCAUGCACAUACAUGGGUAGUGAAGAGUGUUAAUUCUCGUAGAUGCAAAAACUAAUCCUCAAGUCUGCAGUAAAGUAGUUUUCUUAUCAGUUUGAUAAAGCGCGUCCUCGUGUCUUGACCCAAACAAACAUGGCAGCUGUAAAUCGUGCUACUGUACUGUGUCCAUGUCGAGGUUUAAGCUGUCCUUCAUUAAGGGGAAUGUUUGUCACAACAGGAUUUCAAAAGCUUUGUCUUAUUUUUGACUGGAUUUUUUUUGGUUAGAUUUUGAGCUGGUGUUAUUUCUUUGUCAAAAAAAAUCAUGAAACCAUGAAAACACCAAAAUGAGCUUGUCCGUACUUCUUCACCUCCCAGCUGUGGAUGUUAACGUUUAAACCAGCUCACGAGUAUAAUUUCAUUGUUUGAAAAGGCUGCAUAUUAAUAAACGGUAGUUUCUCACAGAUGUUAAACAGGAGGAGAAAAGUGCUUUAGUUGGGAUCUAUUUUCAGCUGCGGAUUAAUUGUAAUCUGCUGCUCUGAGAAACGGUAAAGUCCAUUUAUGUGAUUUUUAUUCGUAUUUGAAGAACAAUUGAACCCUGAAGCACAGAGAAGCCGUCAUUACAUUCUUGGUUUUGGUCUUGCAUCGCACGAAAGUUUCAGAUCCGAUUACGUGAAGAGGCACAAGCUGGGGCCUUGGUCCGACCAUCAGAGGAACGACAGAUCGUUCCUCCUUCUGUCACACCACCCGCAGCACUGUAACACACACACACACACACACACACACACACACAGAAAUGUAAGCUAAGCUGAGGCGAACACUGGAGGCUGCAUGCACACACCGACUUGGCCAGACCCUGCCACAAAGCACUGGACACACACCCUCACACACAACCACACUCACACACGUAAUCUCCUGCUGACCUUCAGACGGCCUUUACAGACAGGGGGACGCUGUGAUGCGGCUCGGCUGAAACAUCUGAACAUGACAACGCUCUUCUUCAGCGCGGUGGGCUUCUUGAUGUUUUUAGGUGCUGAUACUGUAGCGAUUAAACCCCAACCCCUCUCCUCUGCUCACAGUUUCCUACCGCCUAGUGCUGCCUACCUCGCUAACACCCCCCCUCUCCUCCUCACAUAUUUUUGCGUUGCUUUCCAGCCACUGUAAAACUCAGCAAUAUCUGAACUUCUGCGUAUCAACUCGUUCGUGGUCGGUGCACAGAUCACACUGGGCUGCAAAGCAAUCAUGACAGUUUAGUCGUGAAAUCCUGUGUCCUGUGAUAUUGCAGUAAAGUGAAACUAAACAAGGGGAGCAACCACUAAACGUAGAGCUGAAAUAAUUUGCAAUCUGAAUAUUUUCAGGCACUGUUUUGCUAAAACCGAUAAAUGACAAACAGUCCAUAGUUCCAGCUUCACGACUGAGAAGAUUUAGGAAGCUGCCUGCUGGUUUUCUUUGUCUUAAAUAAUCAGCAAUUGAAUAUUUUUGGUUGGUUUGGACUGUUGGUGGUUUAGAAUUAGACAGUUGAGCUUAACUUUUCACAUCAUCUGACUUUUUCUUUUAACCUUGAUAGUUGAGAGAAUUAUCAGCAGAAUAAUAAAAUGAAGCCUAGUUGCAGUCUCUUUUGUUCAUUGUCAGGCGUUUAGUCAGUUUAAUGUUAGAAAACGCUCAUCAAAGUCCAACCAGCAGUCGGCUUAUAUUUGAUAUUUUUUCUUUGAUUGGUGAUAUUGAAAUUUCUUCAUCUGUGCAAAAGCUGUUGGCUAAACAAUCUUACUCCAUUAGACGCUAUUUCGUUACUCUUCAACACUUGUCAAUGGUCAAAUUGCCAGCUUUCCUGAGCGUUGGAAGGAUUUAUUGUCACCGUUGACUGAAAACUUUGCAUUGAAACUUUAUUCUUGACCUUUGAAUCAGCAGUUAACCAAACUGGGUGGAGCUGCUGUGACUGUAGAUGCUCAGAUCUGUGCAAUCCUGCUAAUGUAGACAGGAUUGUUUUGCAAAAAUCACUAAAUACUUUCAGCUCUAUUUUGUAUUAAUAGCUCCUUCUCCUUCCACAUGAUACUUGAAUUAGCUGGAAUUUAUGGUUAAUAAACAACUUGGCUUCAAAUAAACUUCACCUGUCGUCACAGUUGCUACACAGGUUAAUAAUAAACCCAUGCUAAGGUUGCUUUAAUGUGAAGUCUUAUCCUGAACUGACUCCUCUCCCCCUUUGCUCGCACUGUUAGUAUCUCUGCUACCUCUUCCUCGUUCAUCCGCUAGCUACCUCUUCUAGAAAUCUUCCUCUUGCUAUCUGCUACCUCUCUGCGCACCCCUUCGCUACCUCUCGUUCCUGUUUCCUUACUUUUCUUUUCCUCUUUGACCUUUUCUUUCGCCUGCCCACAUGACUGCUGCAUCAUUGCCAUCUUCUCCCAGUCUGCCGGAAGAAGAAAAACACGCAAACACACGUACGGUCACUCACUCGCGUUCUCACUCGCCGUGCCCUCCUUUCCCAUUCGACAUCUUACCAGGCUUGUUAUGUAAUAUCACUUAAAUAUGACGGGACUCCCCUUACAUAUAUUAUCUUUAUCGAUGCUUUUUUUGUGUUAAUGGUAAUGUAUUUUUAAGGAGAAGUUUUGUGUAGAUGGAAGUUAUCUCUGUUCUUUGUAGCAUUUGUUUUCCUUUUUUUUAUUUUGUAUGGGGUCUGUUGGUACUUGGACCUAGACACUGUCUAAUAAACUGUGUUUUGUAUGAG